AUGGACGAGACAACUCAAGCUCAAUUUAUGUCCAUCACUGGAUCCUCUGCACCUUCAGCUGGUCAUUAUCUCCAGCUUGCUGAAGGCAACGUAGAAGCUGCGAUUGAGCUAUUUUAUGCAAAUGAUGGUGCUCCAUUAGAAGAGCACGCACAGAAUCAGCCACCUCCGGUUCCUCCACCUUCCACAAGACCCAAUCCUCGCACGCAACCGCCCAGCCAAACCCAGGAAGCUGUAAUUGAUAUAGACUCCGAUGAAGAUUACCGACCGCCACUAGAUGAUGACGAAGUGCAAGUCACGGGAUCUAGUAGGAGACGAGGCUUGGGAUCUACAAGAACGGAAUCUGCUUUACACACCCCGCCAGUUGCGACGCCACCUCUAGGUAUUGGUGGUCAGGCAAUAGAUGAUGAUGAGGCUAUGGCCAGGAGACUGCAAGAGGAGUUCUAUGGAGGCGGAGGCGCGACAAGCUCAGCAAAUCCCCGUGCAGAAAUGCUAGAUGACGACGGCUACCGAGCACCAAUACAACGGACAACAGAGACCCUCGUGGAUCCAGGGAACUUCGACCCGUCGAAUGCGGAUGAGAUGAGGGCAGCUGUAAUGGAACAAAUGAUGGCGAGGAGACAAGCAAGAACACAGCAAGAUCGUCCAGGCAUCUUCAAUCAAGCUACCUCUAUAUGGAACGAGACAAGUCCAGAAGCUCAUUCGCAACGAGAUAGACUUGCAAGAGCUACUGGAGGCGCAUCUGAAGCGUCCGCCAAAGCAAAUUCUCUAGCAGAAAUGUACCGCCCACCUUUCGAACUCAUGUCUCGACUGCCUUGGGAUCAAGCGCGGGAGUCGGGAAAGGAAGAUAAGAAGUGGAUUCUAGUCAACAUACAAGACCCGUCCAUCUUUGACUGCCAACUCUUGAAUCGAGACAUCUGGAAAAAUCCUGGUAUAGCGGAGACCGUAAAAGAGAACUUUAUCUUCAUGCAAUACUCUAAGGAUGACCGACGGGGUGAGCAGUAUAUGCAAUACUAUUUUCAAAACAAAAGCUCAGAGAGUGCAUAUCCCCACAUAGCCAUUGUCGAUCCGCGGACUGGCGAACAGGUCAAGAAAUGGUCAGGACCCCCAGCACCAAAAGCUCCAGAUUUCCUGAUGCAGCUACAUGAGUUCUUGGAUCGAUACAGUCUCGACGUUGCAGCAAAGAACCCUGUAGCAAAGCGAAAACCGGAGGCCAAAAAGGAAACCCAAGUGGAUCGGAUGACAGAAGAGCAACAACUCGAGAUGGCCAUGCAGGCAAGUAUGGCUGGGACUGCGGCACCCAAAGAAGAUGAUCCGGACGACCUCACGCGGAGCGUUGGCAACAUAUCCGAUAUCAAGUUACAGGGAGGCCCUGUCGACGGGGACGCACUCUUGUCCGGAGCUCAAGUCGAGCCGUCUACUAAUGGAGCGUCUCAACUACCAACCAUCUCACCAUUUGCCUCCAUCACUUCCACAAACCCUCAUCUCGAGCCCGCGUCUUCAGUACCAAAUACUACCCGAAUGCAAUUUCGUCAUCCCAGUGGACGUGUUGUCCGCCGCUUUGCGCUCUCGGACCCUGUUCGGAGGCUAUACGAGUGGCUCAAAGCAGUACCCCUGGAAGGGCAAGAUGGAAAGGAUUUUGAGCUCGUAUUCAUGCAGAAAAAUCUCAUCGGGAGUCUGGAUGAGAGCAUCGAGCAGGCCGGUCUGAAGAAUGGCACCGUCAUGGUAGAGAUCAUUGAGCGAGAGGCUUAG